AUGCAGAACUAUGAUCAAGUAAAAGUCCUUGGUCAAGGUGGCUUUGGUAAAGCCAUUCUUGGCAAGAGGAAGAAAGAUGGUUAUAUGGUAUGUAUCAAAGAAGUUCGAUUAACAGCUUUAUCUCAAAAAGAUAGAGAGGAAGCUAUGAAAGAAAUCAAAGUUUUAGCAGCAUUGAAUCACCCAUAUAUUGUUAAAUACAUCGAGAACUUUCAAGAGCGCGGAAGUUUAUACAUCGUUAUGGAAUUUGCAGAUGGUGGUGAUUUAGCGCAAAAAAUCGAAAAAAAAGGAAGAAAACCAUUUUCCGAAGAAGAAGUAAUGAAAAAUUUCAUACAAAUAGCACUUGCAAUUAAAUAUUGUCAUGAUAGAAAAAUCUUACAUCGUGAUUUGAAAGGGCAGAACGUCUUCUUAAUGAAAGAUGGCACUGUAAAACUUGGUGACUUUGGUAUUGCACGUGUUUUGGAGCAUACAUUUCAAGUCUGUAAGACUCAAAUCGGUACACCUUUUUAUUUAUCACCAGAAAUUUGUCAGGGAAAGCCUUACAACUCCAAGACAGAUAUUUGGUCACUAGGUUGUAUUCUUUACGAGCUUUGUACCCUCAAACACGCCUUCGAAGCUGCGAAUAUGAAUGCUCUUCUUAUGAACAUCAUUCGUGGCAAGUAUACACCUAUACCAGCUCAAUACAGUCAAGAUUUACGUAAUCUUGUCGACGCCAUGCUUACGAAAGAGCCAGAAAAACGUCCAAAUAUUAAUCAAAUCUUAACUUUACCAUUUAUCAAAUCCAAACUCUCGAAUUUCCUAUCAGAAACACUCCUUAAAUACGAAAUGCAGCAUACCGUCAUUCACGGCCGCAAAGCUUUUGCUGCUGCCACAAUUUUACCUCAUCACGACGCUGCCGCGAACAACCAAGCCGCAGAAGCACCGAAACCAUCACCAGAGCAGCUCAAGAAGGAAGAAGAAAUACGCGAGAAGCAAAGACAGAUGGCGCUUGAAGCGCAAAAACGGAAACAAGCAGAAGAAGAAGCUGAAAGAAAGAGGAAACAAGAAUUAUUCGAAGCGGAGCGAAAGAAGAGACAAGCUCUUGAAGAAGCAGAACGUAUGAGAAGAGAAAAAGAAGAACAAGCGAGACUGCAAGCAAUAAAAGAAGCAGAAGAAGCAGACAGACGUCGAAAACAACAAGAUUUCGAUGACAGAAAUCGCAUUGCACAAAUGAACAGAGAACGUGGAAAAGGCGGUGUUGAUUUCAACUACAAUGAUGGCACAUACAAGAACCCAUUGCAGUUACAAAGAGAACGCGAAAAGAAAGAAAUGGAAGCCAAAUACAACAGAGAUCUCGAAGCAGCGAACAGACCACAAAACAGACAAUCUCCUGACAAUUACCAGCGUCAAUACGCAAAUCAGAAUCAGUACCAGAACAGGAGAGAUCCAAGAGAAGAAGCCAGACAAGAAGCAGCCAGAAUGCAAGCACAAAGAGAAAGACAGAAGAGAGAAGAAGAAGAAAGAGCAGCUGCAGAAAGACAAAGAAUAUACAUGGAACAGAAAAGAGCACGCGAUGCAAAUAAACAAAGAAAUAGAAAUGAUCUUUUCGGUGCACAAGAUUGCUUCCAAUACAAUGAUCCUGAUCCAGAACCACCACGAAGAAAUCAGCCAAAUAAACAACAGUUAAACGAUGAAGAAUUAAGAAGAAAGAUCUACGAAGAUCAGAGAAGAGAAGCAGCAAUGAACAGAAACAGAGGAAGAGAAGAUAUGAAAGGAAACAACAUGAGAGAUGCUCUUUAUCAAGGAGAAGAAAGAAGAUCUCCUGAUAGAAACAACAGACCGAAAUCAAGAAAUGAUGAUGAAGCAGAGAGAAGAAGAAUCUGGGAAGAACAAAGAAGAGCUGCACAAGCAAAUAGAAACAGAGCACAAGAUGAUAUGAAAGGAAAUAACAUGAGAAACGCUUUGUAUCAAGGAGAAGACAAUUCUCCAAGAGAUAGAAACAACAACAGAAGACAACAACAAGAUUACGAUGAAGCAGAAAGAAGAAGAAUCUGGGAAGAACAAAGAAGAGCUGCAAAAGCAAACAGAGAUAAAAUGAAGUACCAGGAAAUGGGAGGAGGUGCUGCUGCAGAGGCACUAAGAGAUAAUUCUCCUUAUGAUAACAGAGAUAGAGCUCCAGACAGAAUUGCAAAACACGACAUUUCCGAGGAAGAAAGAAGAAAAGCUUACGAAGAACAGAGAAGAGCUGCAAGAGCUAAUAGAGAAAAGAUGAAAUACCUCGAAAUGGGAGGUGGAGCAGCUGCAGACGCGUUAAGAGAUGGAGAUGCUGAUGACGACAGAUACGAAAGAGUUGAAAGAAUUGCUAAACACGACAUAUCAGAAGAAGACAGAAGAAGAGCUUAUGAAGAACAGAGAAGAGCAGCUAAAGCUAAUCGUGAGAAAAUGAAGAACCUCGAAAUGGGGGGCGGAGCAGCUGCAAACGCUUUAAGAGAUGGAGAUUCUGCAGAUGAUUAUGAUAGAGCUCCAGACAGAAUUGCUAAACAUGAUAUAUCAGAAGAAGACAGAAGAAAAGCUUAUGAAGAACAAAGAAGAGCAGCUAAAGCAAACAGAGAGAAGAUGAAGAACUUAGAGAUGGGAGGAGGAGCUGCAGCUGAUGCACUUAGAGAUGGAGAUUCCGCUGAUGAUUACGAAAGAGCUCCUGAUAGAAUUGCAAAACACGAAAUCUCUGAAGAAGACAGAAGAGCAGCAUGGAGAGCACAAAGAGAUGCUGCAAGAGCAAACAGAGAGAAGAUGAAGAACUUAGAGAUGGGAGGAGGAGCUGCAGCUGAUGCACUUAGAGAUGGAGAUUCAGCAGAUGAUUACGACAAAGCUCCAGACAGAAUUGCUAAACGUGAUAUAUCAGAAGAAGACAGAAGAAAAGCUUAUGAAGAACAAAGAAGAGCAGCUAAAGCAAAUCGUGAGAAAAUGAAGAACUUAGAGAUGGGAGGAGGAGCUGCAGCUGAUGCGAUGAAAGAUGGAGAUUCUCAAGAUGAUUCAUAUGAUAAAGCACCAGAAAGAAUUGCCAAACACGAAAUCUCUGAAGAAGACAGAAGAGCAGCAUGGAAGGCACAAAGAGAUGCUGCAAGAGCCAACAGAGAAAAGAUGAAACAACUCGAAAUGGGAGGUGGAGCAGCUGCUGAUGCAAUGAAUGAUGGAGAAAGCGAUGGAACAGACAGAUCUUCUUCUCCUGAAAGAAUUGCAAAGCACGAAAUAUCCGAAGAAGACAGAAGAGCAGCAUGGAAAGCGCAAAGAGAAGCAGCUAAAGCAAAUCGUGAGAAAAUGCGUAACUUAGAACUAGGAUUGAAUGGAGAUGAUGACUCAGCAUCACAAUCACAAGACGACAACUCAGCACGCGAACAGAAACACAACGAAAAGCAUCAGCCAACCGCAGAAGAAUUGGCUGAAUUAGCUAGACAACAAAGAAGAGAAGCUCGUGCAAACAGAGAAAGACUCAAACAACAAGCUGCAGGAGUAAACAUGGACCAGCUCGUCCAAGAAGCGUUUGGAGACAAUCCAUUUGGUGUUCACGGCGGUGGAAAAAUCCCUCGCGAUGCUCCUCCACAACCUGAACAACAACCACAGCAACAAUUGGAAGAACAAAGUUCAGAAGAUAACUCUGAACAUAAGAAAGAAAAGCAUCAGCCAACAGCAGAAGAAUUGGCUGAACUUGCAAGACAACAAAGAAGAGAAGCAAGAGCAAACAGAGAGAAACUGAAGCAGCAACAAAACGUGAACAUGGAUGAUUUGCUUAAAGAAGCAAUGGCCGAGCAACAACAACAGAAUAAACCGAAAGAAGAAGAAAAACAAAAACCAGUUUUGAUUGAAGAAGAAAUCGAUGAACCUCCUCCACAGAAAGAAAAAGUCCAUGAAAUAACUGCUGAAGAAAGAAGACAAGCUUACAGAGAACAGAGAGAAAUAAGGAAGAAAGCAGAACAAGCAGCUGCUGACCAAUUAAACGAAUUGCAAGCAAUCGAAGCUGCUUUCAACGGACCUCCAAAAGCAAAGAGACCUCCACCGGAAUUCUUGCAGAGAUUGCAGAAGAAAGACGGCAAUGAACCAUCAUCUGCAAGAUCAGCAAGUGAAGAAAGACCUUCAACAGCUCGUUCUGCAAGUAAUGAACCACGUUCUGCUCGUUCUGAACGCGAAAGAAUACGUCCUUCUUCACGCCAGAAACAACAAGAACCAGUCAAGAUCGAAGAACCAGUUAAAAUUGAAGAGCCAAUUAAGAUUGAAGAACCUCCUGUAAAUGAAAACGCAAUUGGAAUGAAACCUGAUUUCGGACAAGCUCUUUCUUCAAGGAGUACGAAAGAGUUCUUAAAGUCAAGAACUCUUGUCAUGGAACAACUAAACAACGAGGAAAAUGCGGAAGAAAACAAAUCAGAAGCAGAAAAUCCUGUUGAAAAUAAUGAAGAAAUCGGUAAUGAAGCAACAGAUGAAGAGAAACAAUCGAAUAUUGAAGACUGCGCGAAAUUCAUUGAAGAAGCUCUUUGCAUGGAUGAUAAAGAAGCCAAAGCAGAAGAAGCUUUCGAUGAUGACCAAAAGCGUGAUAAUAAUUCAUUCCAUUUAGUUGAUAAGAGCUUGAAUCUUCCUGUUGGACACGACACAGAUAGCAUUGCUUACAGAGCUGAAGCAAUCAGAGCGUUCCUUGAGAAAGAAAUCGGAUUUGAUAGAUUGAUUGACAUCAAACAAGCAAUGUCAAGGCCUGAAAGCGAAGCUAGCGUUGAUUUGCUCCUCAAUGGGCUUCAGCCAGGUCUUAUCAUUCUUGUACAACAACUUCUUGUCCUUGAUGAUGAUUCUGUUGCAAACAGAUUGUAA